UUUCUCCCAGGCAACUUUUUUUGUCAGUGGGUCACUUAUUGACGUCAAAACUACAAUUCCCGACACCUUUAGCUGCGCUCCCGGAUGUUUGUGUCUCCGCGAGGAAGAUGAGGUCUCUGUGACCGCACUGGGUUGUGGGAUAGGUGGGGGUAUUUCCAUCAUGGCGGCUUCUAUUUCGGGCUAUACGUUCAGUUCUCUGUGUUAUCACAGUGCCAACAGCAACUCCGACCACGAAGGCUUUCUCUUGGGAGAAGUAAGGCAAGAGGAGACUUUCAGCAUCAGUGAUUCACAAAUUAGCAGCACAGAGUUUCUUCAAGUUUUAGAAAUCCAUAACCAUGAGCCGUGCUCACAACUUUUUAGCUUUUAUGACUACGCAGGUAAAAUCAAUGAGGAAAAUCUCAAAAGAAUUCUCAAAGAAAGAAGAAAAAAUGUUAUUGGCUGGUAUAAGUUUCGCAGAAACACACAACAGCAGAUGUCUUUCAGGGAGCAGAUUAUUCACAAACAGCUGACCCACAUUCUUGGAGUGCCUGACCUCGUCUUCCUUCUCUUCAGCUUCAUCUCCACUGCAAAUAACUCCACACAUGCAUUAGAGUAUGUGCUGUUCAGGCCAAACAGAAAGUACAAUCAGAGGGUCUCGCUUACCAUCCCAAAUCUAGGCAAUACAAGCCAGCAGGAGUAUAAGGUUUCAUCUGUACCAAAUACAUCUUGGAACUACGCCAAGGUGAUAAAGGAACAAGGGGCUGAAUUCUUUGACAAAGACGGGGUAAUGAAGGACAUCAGAACAAUUUUUCAGGUGUACAAUGCACUGCAAGACAAAGUCCAGGCAGUCUGUGGAGAAGUGGAACAUAGUGAACGUCUGAAGGAAACCUUUCAAGAAGAAGUAAAGAAACUUAAGAAGCAAAUAGCUCUCAGGAAAAGUGAAAAGGAGGAGGAAAGGAGACUUUCACAAGUGCCGGAAGAACACAAGAACACAUAUCGUGCUUAUAACUCUCAGGUAGUGUGUCCUGGUAAUGCAGCUGAAGAGUACAGCCUGGAGAACCAAGAUACCUCAGAGACACCACCUCCAUACUCCGAGGUCAUUCCCCUGGACAGCACAGCGGCCAGUCAGGAGACCAGCACUGCCUACCUGCCGCGGCCCCAGGCGGUGGGCUCAUCAAGCUACGCCCAGCCGAGUCUAGGAGCUGCCAAAUAUUCAGGAAACGGAGAUGGCUCCAGCACCGACUCCUCACAAGGGACACCAGGCAGUGGAGUGGUUGGGCAGCUAGCGAAGGGGGAAGAGGAGGAGGAGGAGGAAGAUGAGGAGGACAGCAGCGAAUAUGAGAACUUGGCAAACGAGCCCUCAGAAUCCUCUGACAGUGAAUUCUCGCAGCUUGCAGAGGGACGACCGGCAUCGCUGAGGCCAGACGGUGAUUCCAGGAACUCCCAGGCCUCUCAUAUCUGACAAGGGGGAGGGUUAGGGGAGUGAUAGCUCAGCGAAACAUGGGUCCUGAAUUUGCUUGAGUAAACAAUCUGAAUUCAAAUAGACUGAGGAAGCUGAAGCAUUUAGAAAAAAAAAAAAAAAGCAAAUCAAAUCCAGAAAAUAAAGCCGUGCACAGACAAUUUUAAGAAGAGACGCUUCCGCUGGUUUUUUGUUUUAAAUUUUUAUUUGCCCUGUUGGAAACCUUUUGCGCCAGAUUCCUGACACACAGAUGGGCGCUUGAGGAUCCUAGCCCUUCCUGUGCCAGUGAACAUUUUUAAAGAUCCUUUUAGGGUUUUGGAGGGAGGGUGUUCUUUUGGGGGGGGGGAAAAAAGGCUGCUUAUGAAAUCGUAGUAAUAAUGAAUUAAAUUAAUAGUAAUAAAAAAAAUCUUCCAGUUGGUUCCACAUUUUGGUUACACUGUGGUAAUGCCAGUAAACCAUUUCGGGGUAAACAGACUAUCCAGAUUAGUCUGUGUUCAUUGUCUAGGAUUUAGCUAGAGAAUCAAAUCAUACCAUUACCUCUUGCACUAUUUUGCCUUGUUUUUAAAUUUAUUUAAAAGAAGAAAAGGGAAAAAAAUGUAAUUUGUCAGCGGCCUUUGAAGUUCUUUGGUUUUUAUGAGCCAGAGUAGAGGUUAGUUAGGAAAAGUGUUUUACAAGAACUAUAAGAAACCUAAUCGGAACAAAGAAAAAAUAUUAUAUACUUGAUUUAGCUUGCACGUUUUUUGAAAAUUAUUUAUGUAAGCAGGACAUACUUAGUUUGAUCUGUGUAUCAAUGUGUGUUUAAAGAGAAAACAAUACAGUAGUCUGUCGCGUAUCCGAUGGCAGUGGGACCAGAGAAAGGGGGAUAUGUAAAAAGUCAGAUAAAUUAAUCCUGUUUUAAAUAGAAUUAUACCAUUAUACACAGCUGUAACAAUUACUAUAUUCACACAGGGAGAUCCCCUAAAUCUCUUGUUUAGAAAGAUACAGGGUAUUAAUGCUUGUGACAGAGUAGCCGUCUGCCGUGUGGGUGCGUGCAUUCGCUGCUGAGUGACAGGCAGGAGAUUGAGACGGAGGUUGAAGUUGAUACGCCCCGCAGGCGAACAAUGUUCAACACACUGAACAAUACGAAAACUUUGGUGGGAUCUACAAUCUCUGAACUAAUCUCUGUUCAAUAAUAAACAAACUCCGGCUACUCGCCUGGCUGACGGCGGUUUUGACUUGCUUACUCAGUCUUCGGUAUCCUACCCUGGUUCUGGUUCUCACUCACUCACACUCGCACAUCAGUGAACUUCAGCUUCUUUACCCUUGUUGGCUUUGGUUUUGCAGCAGCCCUGAGGUGAAUAAAUGUAACGUUUUUAUACCCGACCCCUGCUGGAACACACCUACCUGCUGAUUAGAUUCCACACCUGGUAAUUACACACAGCAGGCAGGAGCGUCCGGUACUUAAUUAAUUAAUUACAAUAAAUACACACUAUUUACAAUAUACAUUUACACAAAAAAUCCUCUUCAUGCGCAGGGCUCCUGCCCUGCCACAGUGCUAUAUACACUUACAUUAGUGUCAGGUAAUUUUAUACAGCAGCAAAUACAUAGGGUUAGGGUAAAAAAAAAAAAAAACUUUUAAUUGUAAGCACAACUCGCUUUUGCUUUCCUGUAGCCAUUUUGCAUUAGUGCUGUAACGUUGCUGAAGAGCUUGAUCAUGGUGGAUAAACGGUUAGGGCGGAUACACGAUGGAUUACUGUAUAACAAUUAAACAAAAUCACCAUCAAUAAUGAACUGGUAGUCAAUGCCAGGGCACGCUGUCCAUCUCUGUAUCAUCAGGAAUAACACUGAUCUCAUCUGCUCUUUGGUGUGCUUACAUUGCUUAUUUACAUUGCUAAUUUCUUAUGCUAUUAACCGAUACUGUAAAUCUGUGCCACAAAUAAAUGUGCCGUUACUUUCGGGAGCUGCAGAGCGCAAUUCUGUGAAUUUCAUUUAGACUGUUUGCAGAACCGGCGCUCAAAACAAUUUGCUAAACAGUCUGUUAUCUUUAAGGUUGACACACCCAAACUGAAAUCUAUGAGCAGGAGAAUCUGCAUCUUUUCCUUUCCAUAUCUACUCCUGCUUUAGAUAACAAGGUCAUGUUCCGUGGGAAGUGAAAGGGAAGUAACUCACGAAGGUCCUAGUGAAAUCAUUGGCAUUUACUGCAAUGGCCUUCCAUAUUUAAUAAAGGGGCGACGUGCUGAAAUCAUGGGUUUUGUUGCCUUCUGUUGAUGAGCCCUGUAGAAGUAUUCCCAAAAGGAAAAGGAAGAAGGUUUAUGCUGAGAGUUCUCACUGACACCUGUCGAACACUCCUUACAAACCAAAAGGCAAUAAACAUCAGAACAGGGUUACUCCCAAGCCUGAGGAUGGAAGACACUUUUCCCUAAGUUUAAUCAAGAAACCUGAUUUGUAUAAGGAUUAUAAAUGCAUUAAUUCAGUUUGUACAGUCUGUGCUGACUUUCUAUUUUUAGAUAAUAUAUCUGGGUCUAAUGAAGCUGCUUGUGUUUUGACUAAAUGGAUUUAUGAUAUAUGGUACAGUGCACAAAGAGAACCCUCACAUGAAACAUCUAUUCCUGUACAACUAUUAAUGGCAGUUCAUUAUUUUCCAGACUAGGUUGCGAUUAUCAAAGACAAUUCAUAGUUCCCGAAUGGCUGGAAUGAGAUUGAACUCAUUUUCAUAUGAAGUAGUGAAAUAUUAUUUUGAUACCAAUCCAGUUUGACCACUAGUACCAGAGCGGAAUGAAUGUAUUUAAAAAAAAAAAAAAAAAGGUUUUCUGUCUACUUGUUUCUAUAAUGUGACAUAUUUAACUAAGGACAAUGGGUUUCUUUAUUAGUUUGUCUUUAAACUGUUUAAAUUGUCUUCAGAUAUUAAAACAAGAAUAUUCUAUAAAAAUAAUA